AUGUCGACCACAACCGUGAUUGAGACCGGGUCCGCCAACCCAGCACACAUUGAGCUGCAGCCGAUUCGGACAAGUCCACGUCCUUCAAUACGCACAGUAGCAAGAAUACAGCAGGACGGCCUCAUUUUGGACAAGACCAACUUCGUUCGAAUCCUGACAAUUGGCUUCUCGUACAUUUUCGCUGGACUGAACGAUGGCAGCUUGGGUGCUUUGACUCCUUACAUUCUCCGUACCUACCGCGUGGGUACGGCGCACGUAGCUUUAAUCUAUGCUGCUUCUUUUGUUGGCUGGCUACUCGCGGCAGCUACUAACAGUCACUUGGUCCACCACUUCCAACUCGGAGCCAUCCUCACUAUCGGAGCCGUUUUGCAACUCGCGGCGCAUCUGUUUCGAUUCUGGACUCCACCUUUCGGGCUCUAUGUAGUUACCUUCUUCAUACAGUCCGCAGGUAUGGGCUACCAAGACAGCCAUUCGAACAGCUACGUUGCUUCGAUACAGGGCAGUCAUCGGUGGUUAGGCUUUAUCCACGCUAUGUACGCGCUCGGCUGUCUCAUUGCCCCGUUUGUCGCGACUGCGCUUGCUGCCAGGAUAGGCGAUCGAUGGCCUCUAUUUUACCUCUUUCUCGUUGGUAUUGGAACCAUCAACAUUGUGACCGUCCUAGUAUCCUUUCGCGACAGCCUCAAGGUUCAGGACAAAGUGUCAUCGUCGGAGAUAGUCGAAGAGGGGGCUCAUAAUCACGGCAACUCAGCAUCUCGUGAUAUUCUUGACACGCUCAAGUCCCCACCUGUAUAUCUCAUAUCGAUGUUUUACUUCUUCAUGCUUGGCGUGGGCAUAACUGCCGGUGGCUGGAUCGUCGAGUACCUCGUCUCAGCCCGAAAUGGAAAACUCCCGGAUGUCGGAUACGUGCCUACGGGUCUCUGGGGUGGUAUUUUCCUAGGAAGGGUCCUCCUUUCCGAGCCCGCGCAUCGUUUUGGGGAACGAAGGAUGGGUCUGGGCUGUUGUUUGAUGAUCCUCGUGUUCCACCUCAUCUUCUGGCUAGUACCUAACUUGGUCAGCAGCGCCGUGUCCGUCUCGCUUCUCGGAUUCUUCUAUGGACCCUUGUUUGCUACUGGCAUGUCCAUUGCCUCGAAGAUAUUCGACAAGAGGAUACAGGCAACUGCAAUGGGGUUAAUCUUCGUACUUGCCCAGGCCGGAGGCGCGUUAUUCCCUUCGAUAACUGGUGUCAUUGCGAGUCAAGCUGGUGUCAAGGUCAUGCAGCCGAUUUUGGUUGGCCUGAUUGUUGCUAUGGGAAUUUCUUGGACGUUGAUACCAAAAGUGCCGAAGCGUGACGACUAG